GGGAAGCCACAGGGUGCUUGGUGGGGCAGGCACCCCCCAGGGCAAGGCUGGUGGGGCCAGAAGAGAGUCUCAUUACCAAACGAAUGUGGGCCGAGCUGUGUGGAUCCAAGGCUUUGAAAAGCGAGUCAGACCCAUUGCUCGCCCAAGACGCUUGAUGGUGCGAUCGGAAUCAGCAGUGUGAGCGCAGUCCAUUUUUACACACUUCCUUUGGGUGGUGGUUCUCGUGCAGCGGAUGUGCACAGCACCGGAAGCCUCAGGAGCCCAGUCCUGCCUUUGGGGUCCCUCCGAAGACCCCACCCCGUCUCCCCACCCACUGCCUUCUUGGCAAUUUCCUCCCCACCCCCAUUCUAAAAGCUUGGAUAGCUCUUCGAAGGCCUAGUUCCUGGGAGGAAGAGCUUUGAACAAAAAUCCCCUGGUAUUUUGGCCCCACCACCCUUGCCUCUCCACCUCUUGCCGGAACGCACCCCUCGAAAGCUUCUUGAAAAUGGCGCCUUAGAGGUUUUAGGCUUCCCAAGGGGUGGGAGGUGUGGUGUGUCAGUGGAAAGGCCAGCUUGAGACCGGAAGAAGGGGCAAGGCGUGGCACGUGUCUGCAGGAGCAUCGUGACCUUGAUGGCUGCUGGCUUGCCUUUACAAGCGAUCCCACGAGCAUCUUUGCAGCACCAAGAAAAUGCAAGGUUUCCAGGUUCACGCAUCCUGCGUGGUGAUAAUGGGCGUCCUUUUGAAGGUUGAAAGAAAUUCCCUUCUCAAUUGUUAGGUGGCUGUGAAAAUAAUCGACAAGACGCAGCUGAACUCCUCCAGCUUACAGAAGCUCUUCCGGGAAGUGCGAAUAAUGAAGGUUUUAAAUCACCCCAACAUAGUUAAAUUAUUUGAAGUUAUAGAAACAGAGAAGACACUGUACCUCGUCAUGGAGUAUGCCAGUGGGGGUGAGGUGUUUGACUAUUUAGUAGCCCAUGGAAGAAUGAAAGAAAAGGAAGCACGGGCAAAAUUUCGACAGAUAGUUUCUGCGGUGCAGUACUGUCACCAAAAAUUCAUUGUACAUAGAGACUUGAAGGCAGAGAAUCUGCUGUUAGACGCCGACAUGAACAUUAAAAUUGCAGACUUCGGUUUCAGCAACGAGUUCACGUUUGGCAACAAGCUCGACACGUUCUGCGGGAGCCCCCCGUACGCCGCGCCCGAGCUUUUCCAGGGCAAGAAGUACGACGGCCCCGAGGUGGACGUCUGGAGCCUCGGGGUCAUUCUUUACACACUGGUCAGCGGCUCGCUGCCCUUCGAUGGGCAGAACCUCAAGGAGCUGCGUGAACGGGUCUUGAGGGGGAAGUACCGGAUCCCCUUCUACAUGUCCACGGACUGCGAGAACCUGCUGAAAAAAUUCCUUAUCCUUAACCCUAGCAAGAGAGGCACUUUAGAGCAAAUCAUGAAAGAUCGCUGGAUGAAUGUGGGCCAUGAGGAUGAUGAACUGAAGCCUUACACGGAACCUCUGCCGGACUACAAGGACCCCCGGCGGACAGAGCUCAUGAUAUCCAUGGGAUAUACCCGAGAGGAAAUCCAGGACUCGUUAGUCAGCCAGAAGUAUAACGAGGUCAUGGCUACCUAUCUGCUGCUAGGAUACAAAAACUCAGAGCUUGACAACGACAGCAUCACCCUGAAGCCGCGGACGCAGCCUGAACACACCAACAGCACCGCCCCCUCCCCGUCACACAAGGUACAGCGCAGCGUAUCGGCCAACCCCAAGCAACGCCGCUUGAGUGACCAGGUACCAACCAUCCCAACCUCCACUUCAUACUCCAAAAAGACGCAAGCGGCCAACGCGGAGAACAAGCGGCCCGAGGAGGAGCGGGAGGCCGGGCGUGGCAAGGCUGGCAGCACGGCCAAGGUGCCUGCCAGCCCACUGCCGGGCCUCGAGCGGAAGAAGAGCACCCCCACUCCUUCCACAAACAGCGUCCUCUCGACCAGCACAAACCGGAGCCGCAACUCGCCCAUGCUGGACCGGGCCAGCUUGGGCCAGAACUCCAUCCAGAAUGGCAAAGAUAGCCUAACCACUCCGGGCUCCAGGGCCUCCACUGCCUCCGCCUCCGCCGCCGUGAGCUCCGCGCGCCCGCGACAGCACCAGAAAUCCAUGUCUGCCUCGGUGCACCCCUCCAAGCCCACGCUGCCCCCUUCCGACAAUAACUGUGAGGCACAGCGACCCAGCACUGCUCCCCAGCGGGUCCCGGUCGCCUCCCCCUCAGCCCACAACAUCAGCAGUGCCCUUCCCGAGCGCACCAACUUCCCGCGGGGCAUCUCCAGCCGCAGCACCUUCCACGCCGGGCAGCUCCGGCAGGUUCGGGACCAGCAGAACCUCCCUUACGGCCUCACGCCCGCCUCGCCCUCCGGGAACAGCCCGGGCCGGAGGGGCGCCUCAGGAAGCCUCUUCAGCAAGUUCACCUCCAAGUUCGUACGCAGAAAUCUGUCUUUCAGGUUUGCCAGAAGGAACCUGCAUGAGCCCGAAAGCAAAGACCGCGUGGAGACGCUCAGGCCUCACAUGGUGGGCGGCGGCGGGGACAAGGAGCGGGACGAGAACCGGGAGGCCAAGCCGCGCUCCCUGCGCUUCACCUGGAGCAUGAAGACCACGAGCUCCAUGGAGCCCAACGAGAUGAUGAAGGAGAUCCGGAAAGUGCUGGACGCUAACAACUGCCAGUGCGAGCUGCAGGAGAAGUACAUGCUCCUGUGCAUGCACGGAGCGCCGGGCCACGAGGCCUUCGUGCAGUGGGAGAUGGAGGUCUGCAAGCUCCCCCGGCUCUCGCUCAACGGCGUCCGCUUCAAGCGGAUAUCGGGCACCUCCAUGGCCUUCAAGAACAUUGCAUCCAAAAUCGCCAACGAACUGAAGCUUUAACAGGCCCCCGGGGGGGGCCGCCUGCACGCGCACGGGGCGGGCGCACGAGGAAGCUGCGGCCUAGCUCUGGAAGGGUUUGUUUUUCGCGGCCCUGGCGCAGGGCGAAGGAGCCCGGGGCAGGGGCAGGGGUGGCGGCGUUUGGGGACGGCCCCCUCCAUCCCCCCCCCCCCCGGCUGCCGGGUCUCCAUGGAGACGGAGUGCGUGGGGUAGUGGCUGGCAGCCACCCAGCCGGUCUCCGUGGCAACAGUGGUGGGAGCGUACCAAGGGCUGUUGGUCUCUAUAGUGACUGUGUUGGGGGCAUCCCUCUUGGUCUCCGUGGUGACCAUGGUACUUUCCUUUUUGUUGUUGUUCUUGCACAUGAGACAGGGUUUGAAAUUUUACCAAACACAGCAAAAAGCAAAGAGCAGAACGGCGCCCCCCCCCCCCCCCCCAGAGCCCCCCCCCCCGGCCUUCUGCCUCUCGCGCACCCCCUUCCCCUCCGCGGAGCUGCCUCCUGGCGGCGGCUUCCGGGCCCCGGGCUCGGACCGGCAGGUGGUGCUUGGGCGGGGAGAAGCGGGGCUCGGCCCCGACGGGCAUUACUGCAGCAGCGGCUCCCGCCCGCACCCCAGCCGCCCCGCUGGUGGGCGCUCCCCACCAGCAGCCCCCUGCCCUUCUCCCGGCCCUCCAACAUUCCCCGCUCUGAGGCCGCGGGAAGGGGGUCUCGCCAGGCACGUGGCCACCUCCUGCCUCGGGAGAGCAGAGGCCAGGUGGCGCCUGGUCCCUGGCUCCCCCUUCACCUGCCCCCGCUUGCUCGUGUCCCGGCGAGCUCGGGAGGUUAGAAGCGCGGGGGCCUCACCGUGGGCUGCCGUCUGCCCAAAUCAGCCCCCCCCCAGAACCCGGCAGCCAGCCAGCGGCCGACAUCGCCCAGCGCCCAAUUUCUCUGUUCCAGCGUGCCCGGACGGAGGCAGCUGUCCGCGUGUUGCCUUGGCUCGGAUGCUGGGGAGCGUGCUGGCCCCCGUCCCGGCUCCUUUUUCUGUGCACCCAGGGGCCGGGGAGGGGGCCGCUCCCCCCCAAAGCGCCCACUGUGGCCGAAGACGCGCACGAGGCCCUGUCGUCUCGAGGGCCGGGGACCCGGCGCAGCUUCCUUCCGCUGCUCGCCGGCGUGUCCCCUUGAGGGAGAACAGGGCAGGCCUCAUUCCCUCCUUUUCUGCGCUCACAAAGGCAGGAGCACCGCCUGCCCCCCCCCUCGUCAAAGCUCCCCCCCACCACAUUUCAGGGGUCAUCCUCUGCCCUCCCCUUUCCAAAGCACAAGAGAAAAAUGGGACCCUCGCUACAAUGGCCUCUUUUCUUCCCCUCGCCCCGCCUUCCCCUCAGCCGGGUUUCUCGCAUAGUCAUAUCACCACUUGAGAAUGUAUUUCAAUCCCUUUCGGGGCGGUUGGACUUCCGCGGUCCCCCGACUGGUCUUUGUCGAGCUCCUUUAACCUGGCCACGAUCACAUCCACAAAUCUGGUUUGUAUAUAACUGUACUGAUACCUCGGUUUUGUGAGUGGUUAUUUUAUUUUAUUUUUGUUUAAUUCUGAUCACAAAAUGCCUUUUUUAAAAGAAAAAUCAUGUCCCCUUUUUGUUCGGUUCCCCCCCCUCCCUCUAGGGACGCUGCCGUUUGAUGUAGUUUUACAGGUUCUAGAUUAAAACUUUCCAGAAAGCA